CUUCCUCACGAACCGAUAAUUUACACAAGUACGUUCAAGCCCAGUCAAAACAAUGCAGCUUAAAUGGCGUCUGCAUUUUUACAAUAACUAAUAGCUCCAGUUGAGCUCUCCAUUCUCAGCUGAUGUGGUAUUUUGGUGCGGCUUUAUUCGCCUGUUCGCCACAUUUUCUCGGCUGUCAGCGUUCGUGCCCGUCCUGCGGAUAUUUUUGUUCGCCGGAGAUGGAGGCGGCUAGCGGGCGUCCGAUGUUAUGUAGCUUGCUAGAGGGGAGCGGCUGAAAGCGGAGUUUAACAGACAGCUGUGCACAUCGGGGAGUGAAAAGAAGGAGCUGCAAUUAAAAGGAAAGCGUUGCAUUACCCCCAGUUGCCAUGGUGGAGUAGGAGGUUCGGAGGUCCCGUCAUGGCUCCGUGCUCUGUGGUGGCGGCCUGCCGCAGCCUGGCCCUCUCGACGUGGCUGCUGUCCUUCUGCUUCGUACACCUGCUAUGCCUCGACUUCACCGUGGCCGAACGUGAGGAGUGGUAUACGGCCUUUGUCAACAUAACCUACGUGGAGCCCGCCACCAAGAUUGUUCGUACUGACAAAACCGAGUGCGGCCGCUACGGGGAGCAUUCGCCCAAGCGGGACGCCAAGGGGGUGGUGGUCCUGCCCGCCGACCCGCACGACCGCCAGGCCUGCUACUCCAGCACCACGUUCCCGGCACCGGCCCACGCCGGGGCCUGGGUAGCUUUGAUAGCCAAGGGGGGCAACUGCACCUACAAGGAGAAGAUCCGGCACGCCGCCGAGCACAACGCUUCGGCUGUGGUGAUUUUUAAUGUGGGCUCCGCUAUUGCCAACGACACCAUCACCAUGCCUCAUCCAGGCACUGGUGAAGUGGUGGCCAUCAUGAUCCCGGAGCUCAAAGGUCGUGAGGUGGUGGCACUGCUGGAGCGCAACGUGACGGUCACCAUGACGAUCACCAUUGGGACGAAGAACUUGCAGAAGUAUGUGAGCAGGACAUCGGUAGUGUUCGUGUCCAUCUCCUUCAUCGUGCUGAUGAUCAUCUCACUGGCCUGGCUAGUCUUCUAUUACAUCCAGAGGUUCCGAUACGCAAAUGCACGGGACCGCAAUCAGCGCCGCCUCGGUGAUGCCGCGAAGAAGGCCAUCAGCAAACUGCAGGUGCGCACCAUCAGAAAGGGAGACCAGGAGACGGAGGCCGACUUUGACAACUGCGCCGUGUGUAUUGAAGGCUACAAAGCCAAUGACGUGGUCCGAAUCCUGCCUUGCAGACAUUUGUUCCACAAGAACUGCGUGGACCCAUGGCUGUUGGACCAUCGCACAUGUCCCAUGUGCAAGAUGAACAUCCUGAAGGCGCUUGGCAUCGCUCUGAACGCAGACUGUCUGGAUGACCUGACGUUGGACUACGACUUGGCCCUGGGUGGCGUGGCUGGGGUUGGCAUGGGUGGUGUUGGCGCCUUGGCUCUGGAGGCCGUGGUUUCUGGGGCAUCUAGUGACGGCACCCUAAGCGAAGGCGGCUCCUCUGUAGUUUUGGACCCUGGCGUGCGACGGAUGGGACUGCCCCAGGACUACCAGGACCCUGACACCCUAAGGGACAGUCCUGUGACAGCCACCACCGGCACACUCACAGGUGAGCUCCAGCCGAUGGCGAGUAGCGCUUCUGUUGCAUCGCUGGUCAUCGCCGUGGAAACCCGUCUAUCAGAUGAGGAGGGGCCUAUUGAACAGCCCCAAAUCGGGGACAAGUCUUGAGAUAGCCUCAAUAAAACCAAAAGCUAGCAGACUAAGAAUCACAACUCGGAACAGAAGCUGGUUUCGGUUUGGAUCAGUUUCCGACCAGCACCAGAGUCUGCACCUGAGGGAUUCCAGAACUGAUGCAGGGCUGGAGUCGAGACUGUGAUGGUCCUAAAUACACCCAAAGAACUAUCCUGGUUUGGAUGGGUUUUUACUCUUCACAGUGGGUUCCAGUCUGAUAAGAGUACCUGUAGCCCUUGACCCUGAAAUCGCUAAUCCUGCCUUGUUGGAAUUCUGGACCUCCUGAAUCCUAAAAGACACAUCUGGUCAGGAAAAGACAGGAAAUGCUCUACUGGAAUGGUCUUACCUGGGCCUUCCUACACAGACCCUUACUUCCUGUCCUACUGUGGAAUCCUGCUCCCAUUAUUUUGUGGACUAUAAUUAGCCUGCCAGGCGAUGUUGUGCGGAACAUUUUGGGUUGACUCGGCAGUAUCUUAGCUCACAGUAUUCAAUACACUUUUUAGCUCCCGCUUUUCUUGCCUGUGUGCAAAAUUGCAGAUUGCAUUCAAUUUCAAAUGUACUCCGUCCUCGGCCGUCAUCAGCCCCCGCCCCACCAAAAAACACGAGUGACCACUUAGAUCAUGACAGGGUCUAAGAUUUACAGCAGUUGUGUACCGUGACCUCAUGCUGCCUUUUUUUUCAAAACAAACUACAUUUGUCCUGUCUGCUGACAAUCACUUUUUGAGUCGUUUCUUGCAUUUAUUGUCCCUUCUAGCAAACACUUUUUAGAUUUUUUUUUUCCCCCCUCCAGAUGUCAUGGCGAUGUCAUCGCGAAAGACAACAGAGGGGCGUUCUGUAAAUAUGAGAACGUGUUGGGGCACAGCCGCCGAGACGGAUAAAGAUUGUCAUCUAUUUUGAUACCAGAAGAGACGUUUAUUUUUGUAAUCCUCACAACCAGCAGCCAAGACUGACUGACCCCUGCCUCACCCCAAACGCCCCCCCCCCCACAUCCCCCACCCACUCCCUUGCAGCAGUGCUGGUACUCAGCACGGUUCCGUCAAGUUCUUGUACAUAUUGAACAGCAUGAAGCUGGCUGACCACGUUUGGGGGUCGGGGGGGGAAAUUUGGUCAUUUUUGGGAUGAAUAUGUGACGCGCUAAAUGUGUUGCCUGGCUGUCUUGUUUUCAUUCUCCUUUAGAACAUUUUAAAUGUCCAUGUCCUGGACUGAACUUGCAUCCAAAAUAAAAAAAACUACCAUUGGUUGUGUGACGUGUAGACAUGAUGCCUUUAAAUUUGACACUCUUGGUGGAAAUAUGUUCAUUUUCUUGGGUCAAAUGAACAAUAUUGAUUUUUUUAUUGAUUCAAACUAAGUUAUUUUGUCAUUGUCCCUUCAACAUUUAAAGUUUUUCCUAAAAUUGCUUGCAAGCUUUUAGUUCACCAUCUCAGUGGAGUACCCUAUACGUUUUAUUUUAGCACUGCAGUAGUAUUAUGAUAAUGAUGAUGCACUGUCAUGGCCUCUUUUGGGAAUGGUGUUUUAAUUAAACCUAUCUCUGUUGUGUUGUAAGCUUUUGUUUUCUCAUCCAGUCAGGCAGUGGCAGCUCCACAUCAGCUGUAAAGGUGGGGCAGUAAUAAAGGUUUGUGUUGUCUGAAGCAUGCAGUAUACUGUAUGUGACAAGAUUAUAUUAUACUAGACUCAGUCUUGUAUAACUAGAUCUUGUAUACAAACCUUGGAUAACUAGGUUUGUUGGAUGUUUGAGGAUCUUCACUCAGCUACUGCUUUCCUGAAACGUACUUAAAAUGGUGUGAAAAAGUGUUUGCCCCCUUCCCGUCACACUUAAAUGUUUCAGAUCAAACAAACUUAAAUAUUAGUAACAAGUGAACACAAAAUGUACUUUAAAUGUAUUAGUCUUUUUCAUUCAUUCAUUCAUUUUCUACCGCUUAUCCUCAUGAGGGUCGCGGGGGGUGAUGGAGCCUAUUUUAUUAAGGAAAAAAUAAAUCCAAACCUUCACGGAUCUGUGUGAAAAAGUGAUUGCCCCCAUUGUUAAACUGAGAUUAAUUGAGAUCUAUCAGUCUUCGAAACGUUAAGCCAUUUCUAAAGCGUUGGGACUCUAGCAAACUACAGUGAGAGCCAUUAUCCACAAAUGGUGAAAACAUGGACUUGUGGUGAACCUUCCCAGGAGUCACCGUCCGACUAAAAUGACCUCAAGAGUGCAGUCUUUUGUGAUACAAGAGGUCACAAAAGACUCCACGACAACAUCCAAAGAACUGCAGGCAUCACUUGCCUCAUCUAAGGUUGCUAAGGUCAGUGUUCAUGACUCCACCAUAAGAAAGACACUGGGGAAAAACAGCCUGCAAUGGCAGAGCUACAAGACAAAAAUGACUACUGAACCAAAAGAACAUCCAGGCUCGUCUCUUAUGCCAGAAAACAUCUUGAAAAUAUUCUGUGGUCUGAGGAGACACAAGUUGAACUUUUUGGAAGGUUUGUGUCCCAAAAGAGGAGACCAACAGUAAAAUAUGGUGCCUGUAGUGUGAUGGUCUGGGGCUUUUUUUUGCUGCUUUAUGACUCACAAGACUUGCUGUGAUAAAUGGAACCAUGAAUUUUGAUGUAUACCAAAAAAUCCAAAAAAAUGUCAAAAACACACCAGCAGUCCACCUCUGAAUGGCUGAAGAAAAACAAAAUGCAGACUUUGGAGAUGAUGUGUAAUGACUCAUUGCAAGUUAUCACAGACACUUGAUUGCAGUUGCUGCUGCUAAGGCUGUACCAACCAGUUAUUAGAUUUAAAGGGCAAUCACUUUGUCAGCAAUCACA